UAUACACCGACUACACUCAUUUUACUCUCUUGGUAUCUCAUUCGCAAGGCUGUAAUAUCCGGAUUGCAACACUUGUUCAAAGCCAAGGAAAAAUCAUCAUGGCCGCCACAUUUACUCUGGACGACGUGCGCAAGCACAACAGCAAGGACGAUGUCUGGAUGGUCAUUCACAACAAAGUCUACAAUGUCACAACAUACCUCGAGGAUCAUCCUGGUGGCUCCAUUAUUCUUCGUGAGGUUGCCGGUACGGAUGCGACCGAACAGUUUGUGGAAAUCGGACACUCUGUCGAGGCCACCGAUAUCCUAAAAGAGCUCUACGUGGGUGAUUUGGCGGAAGAGGAACACGCUGAGGAGGUCGAGAUUUUCAGGCCAACAUAUGAAAAGGUCGCUAUGGAGGCCGCUGUCAAAGUCGAGAAAGCCACUGUCAGCAAGGUUAAGAAGAGUGUCAGGAGGACCAUCGCCAUGUCCUCCGUCAUCGCCAGCGUUGGCGCCGUUGGUUUGGCCAAGGGCUGGUGGACUGGUCCCGAAUGGGCUCUCGCCGCCGUCACCACCGCGCAAAAGCCCAUCAACCAGCUCGCCGACUUUAUCCGCUCCAAGUUUGCCCAAAACGGCAGCUCCUCCAAGCUCUUCUGGUGGGGCGUCGGCAUCGCCACCGUCGUCGAGCUCUCCUUGACCACGGCCGCCACCACCUGGGCGCUCUCCAAGUUCGAGGCCCAAAGGGAGUUCACCCACUUCCCCCGCAGCCGUCCGGCCAAGAAGGAGCGCAAGGUGGCCAUCCUCAAGAUCCCCACCAACUCCACCUCGGGUCCUGCCGUCAAGCCUCCCGUCAAGGUGAUGGAUCCGGCCGACUGGCGCAAGUUCAAGCUGGUGCGCAAAGUGUUGGUGUCUCCCAACGUCUACCACCUCGUCUUCGCCCUCCCCCACCCCACCGACGUCCUCGGUCUUCCCACCGGCCAGCACGUCGCCCUCCGCGCGCUCAUCGACGGUAAAUCGGUCUCGCGUUCGUACACCCCCGUCUCCAACAACUCGGACCUCGGCCGCGUCGAGCUGCUCAUCAAGGUCUACGACCAGGGCCUCAUGACCAAGCACCUCGAGCGCAUGGAGAUUGGCGACCAGAUCGAGAUGCGCGGGCCCAAGGGCGCCAUGCAGUACGUGCCCAACAGUUACGCCAAGGAGAUUGGCAUGAUUGCCGGCGGCACGGGUAUCACGCCCAUGUACCAGCUCAUCCGCGCCAUCUGCGAGGACGAGAGCGACAAGACCAAGAUCUCGCUGCUGUAUGCCAACAACACCGAGGCGGACAUCCUGCUGAGGGAGGAGCUCGAUGGGUUCGUCAAGGCGUUCCCCGAGAAGCUGUCGGUGCAGUACGUCCUCGGCCAGGCGGACGAGAACUGGACGGGCCUUAGGGGUUUCGUAACUGCCGAUAUGAUCAAGGAUUUCUUGCCUCCUGCGGCGGAUACCACCAAAAUGUUGCUUUGCGGACCUCCUCCUAUGGUGGCUGCCAUGAGCAAGAAUCUGGUUUCUCUUGGGUUCACGGCCCCUGGCACGCUUUCCAAGGCUACCGAUCAGGUGUUUCUGUUUUAAGGCUAGGUCCUAUGUACGGGUGUAUGGGUGCCAUUUUUGGGACUUUCUCCGGUGGGAUAUUUUGAGAGUUUGUUAUUUAGAGGUAAUGACAUGGAGUGGUGGUGGUCAUCAUUACGUAUGCUGUUGUAACUGCAUUUACAGGGUUUGCGAUCUAGAUUCUUCAGGUAGAGGAAGCAAAAUGGGUUCUCUGAUUCGGAUGUGGAUGGGAUAUUACUGUUUUUCAUAUGAAAGACUUUUUCCUUUGUCAUAGAUUUGAACGAUCAUUUACAUCAUUGAUGGUGCCUUUUGGGUGUUCGUGAUUGUUGUCUUCUGUUCACGUAUGACGAAGGUACCUUUGUCG